AAAAAUGAGUUGAUUGAUUCCACCAACCGUCUGAAUCGGAUUUUCCUGCGUUUUCUGACUUUUCUUCUUCUCCCCAUAAUUCUUUUCUUUGACCCUUUACCAUCUCCCUCUCUCUCUCUACACUUUUCUAGGGUUCUUUACUUCCUCUUCUUCUUAUAUUCUCCGUCUUUCUCUACACAGUUUGUGCUUUUGCGUUUAUCUCUUUCCUAUUAUUCUCUUAAUAUACACACACAAACCCAUUGAUUCAGUCUUGAGUACUGUCAAUGGCGGAUUUCAUUACUUCAAUCAACAUUCCUCCGAUCACGUCUUCGUCUUCGUCUUCUGGAGCUGCCGAUGACAACUACGAAGACGCCUGCAGUAUAUGUCUCGAGCCUUUCAACACCGAUGAUCCUGCCUCUAUUACCAACUGCAAACAUGAGUAUCAUCUGCAGUGCAUUCUUGAAUGGUCACAAAGAAGCAAGGAGUGCCCAAUAUGUUGGCAGCUGCUUGUCUUGAAAGACCCUGCCAGCCAAGAGCUUCUAGCUGCAGUGGAGAAUGAAAGGAGUUUGAGGUCAAGGCACAAAAUUCGUCACACCCAUGGGGGCUAUGAAAUUGAUCGUGAAGCUUUUGCAGAUGAUUCUGAUUUUGAUGAGCGUAUUAUGCGACAUUUUGCUGCUGCAGCUAGUAGAGCUUGUUAUGUUAAUAAAAGGGGAAGGCACAGAUCCUCUGGAAUUGGUCCUUCACAAGUUUCUCUUUCUAUCCCUACUGCAGAUCUGUCUAAUGAGCAGCAAAUGCACACAUCAUCACCAGAGGAAUGCCAAAGUUCGAGUUAUGGAUUAUUGGAGGGCAACUCAGCAGCUUCUACCACACCAACUACUAUUGAUGGUCAAUACUCAUCUGUGUUUCCGUCUGAUGUGAAUGUGGUACCCAACAUUGUUGGCAACAGAUAUGGCCCCACUAAGCCCAGCCAGCCACCUCCUGAUAGUCCGCAAAGACUAAACUCAUCUGAAUUGCUCGCUUUUUCGGACUCUAUUAAGUCUAGGUUUUCUGCUGCUUCAGCCAGGUAUAAGGAAUCAAUCUCAAGAAGUACCCGUGGUUUUAAGGAGAGGCUGCUUGCACGCAAUGUCUCAGUCAAAGAUCUGGGAAGAGGUGUUCAGCGUGAGAUGAGUGCAGGCAUUGCUGGUGUGGCACGAAUAAUUGAGCGCUUAGAUCUUACCUCGAAACAAGCUGGAGCUCCUAAUCCUUUAUCUGAUUCAACUAUGGGGACCUCAAACAUCUCUCAUAAAGGAAAAGGGGUGCAAGAGAGCGUAAUAAGUCAGUCUCUUAAUGGAAACAUUGGGGAAACUACUCUUGAUAUGAGUUUAGCUGCACCCACAUGCGUCUACGAUACCAUCCCAGGCCAAGUGGAAAUUUCUUUUGCACAGUGUGGUAAAUGAUGCUGUUAUGAUUCAAAUUUGGCGCUUAACAACAGUUUGUGUAUGAUCUACCCUGCUGAAGAAUGCGAGUGACGUGUUGAAAGAAAAUCAGUCCGUCAUUCUUGAAAUGGGCGGUUGGUUUGCGUCCUGCAAUAAUUCUAUAUGCUAAUUGGAGACUGACUUCACAAUUAAUUACUAUUUAAAUGUCUACUCAUGUUUGUUUAAACGGUACUAGUCGCCUUUUAGCUAAUGAAAUUUUACUUGUAUUGA